AUGACUGAAUCCCCCACCCCAAUUCCUUUAGAUCAGCCAUUAAUUUGGCUGGCAGGGCAGCUACAGCAGCAGCAGAGGCAGGACCACAGCACUGUGGCAGCCAGAGGAGAGACACAGCUCAAAAAAUGCAACUGCCAGGCUCAGAGGUGGGUUGUGUAGUGAGGAAAACGAAGCUGGAAGGAGUUUGCAUGCUCAGCCUAGAACUGGGAAUCAACUGCAGGGGUUGAAGAGAACAGGGAGGAGACAAAGAAAUCGGACAAGAAACACCGAGUUACUGUGUGAGUAUGUGAUCAGGAUGCAUGUUUGCUGCAGCAGCAGGCAGAGUGUCAAAGAAAGAGAGAAGCAGCGCAGUCAGAAGAGAGGCACAACAGGAAGGGCUGCAGCGGAAUCUGUCAGUAGCCACAGGCAGAACACAAUUGCAAAAUGCCACAAGGACAUAUCUGGUGUGGGUUUCUUUCUGCCAGGCAGCCUUUCCAGGCAGAAAUGCUCCAGGAGACCAAAGAGAGCAGCUUGAGUUACACUCCAUGGAAUGGACAGGGACAGACGGGGGAAGCAGCUGCACAGAGCACAGCCCUCCAUAGUGAUGGCAGCAGGUCCCAACCCUGUCCACAGAGAAAAACAACCGAGCGAGUAGGGACAGGCUGAGGGUGAAAUCAGAUUUUGCCCUCUGCCUCUUGAUGCAGCUACACAACAGAGGAUGUGUAAGCAGCCAGCAUCCCAUGAUCACACAGCUUUCCAUGACUCACCAAGGAGCCCGGGGUGGCUUCCCACUAACCACAGCAAACCCACCACUGGAUUACAUCAGCAACUCAAAUCCAGCCCAAACUUGCACACUUUUUGAUUCACACAGAAGAAACUCUAUUUUCUACAAAGACAGGCAAACAGGUAUUUAAGAACUUGCACAUAAACACACGGAGGUGCCACAAGCCCAUGUUUAUACGAGCCCAGCCGUGCUGGCAGAGCAGGAGUUUGCCCAUAGAACACACGAUCUCCGAGAUAAAGAGUCCCCGAGCCGCCCGGCGCGGACGCUUCCUGCCAGUGUUGGCAACUUCCUCUCUCUGCACAAACUUCAGCAUGAAAAGAGCCAUUUUACGCUGUCUGACUCUGAGCACACUGAGCCCUCCCGAGCCUUCAAACAACAAAGUCAGACGGUGCUUGCUUGAGAGAAGAUAAAUGUACAGGAGAGGACACUUGUGAAGAGGCUGGAGGGAAAUGGCCAGCAACCAGGUCAUGCUGGUUCUCUUCUGCGGGGAGAUCUGGAGAUCCCUUUCUGCAGCAGCACCUCACCACGCUGCCAUGACUGAAAGCCACAAAUACACCACUGCCAGGAGUCCAAGAGCAGACAAACUCAUUCUCUACCAACUGCAAGCAACUGGGCCCAGUUUAUACCAGUCUGACACAUCCCUGGCUGUUACAGAAACCCAGGCCUUCCCAGGAGAGAAGGAUGCCGGGGAUGGCAGCUGGGUAGCAGCACUGAUAAUUGGCAUAAUUUUGAUUGGGAUGAUGCUGGCGAUUAUUGUAAUUCUUCUGUGGAAAUGCUGCAUGAGGCCUGUUCUGGCCGAGUCCCAUUGGGCAGGCCGGUCUCCCUUCGCGGAUGGGGAUACGCCAGAUCUCUUCAUGGACUCUGACCAGGGCACCAAGCGUUCUUCAGUCUUAUUUAUGUUGCCUUGGAAAUUGAAACAAGGCACAAACUUGCAGGAGGACCCGACUGUCCCAGAGAACCCACCCCAGCACACUACGAGUAGUGAGAACGGGCAGCUGCCUCUGCCGGCCGCGGGCUGCUCCGGAGCCGGCACGGUCCCAGCUCCCGCUCCUGCCUCAGAGCUAGCCAACACUGCAGCUGACCCCUGUCCUCCCCCAGACACGCCACCCGAGUCCUCCGACCUGCCACCACCCCCAGACUGGCUCAGGGAACCCACCGAGGAGCCCAGCUCGGAUCCCAGCAAGCACUCAGCACUUCACUCGGAAGCAGAGGAACCACUGCCCCCACCACCUGAGCUACUGAUCCAGGCCAUCCAUGAAACAUUGCCCCAGCCAGAACACUCUUUGUAGACUGCCAAAUUAAUUUCCAGAAUAAUUGAUUUAAGGAAAAUGUGGAGUAACUUUCAAAAAAGUGAAAAAAGGAGAAGUUGAUGCAGGCAAGUGAGGCCCCAGCAUUUCUUUGGCAUUUCCCUGGUAUUUCCCAACUUCAGCUUUCACAAGAGAGAACAACUUGCUUCUGCCUGAAGCAAAUUUCUGACUACAAUACAAAUUGUGCCCUGUCAUCACCCGUAACUAGAGAUUCCAGAAGCCAGAGUACACAGCUGUGUGUGCCAGCACAGCCAGACACAGGUAACACACACGGAGAUGUCAGAGACAGCCCAGCUUCCGAGAGACUUGGCUUCUCACCAGGGUUUGCUCCACUGGGCUGUGCAAGUGAAUGCAACCAAUUCCAGUUCCUUUUAAUAAAGCUUUCUGAGUUAAAGAUGUUUUGGUCACUUAAAGCCCAACUGAAUAUUUGAUUAGAUACAGAAUGCCCUCAGUUACUAACACAGACUCAUUUAAUGGUUCAUAGAUGCCAGAUUCCUUUGAACUCCCAGUGUCCAAGUGCUUUACAUGCUCCUCUCUGGGCCCUGAGCACAGCUCAUCUCUUCCACACCAGCCUUGGCUGGGCUGACUGUUGGGUGGGAAAUAGCAGGCUGGUAUUAGAAGUAAAUUCAUUUUAAUGGGUUUUUUUUACCAGUGUUAAACAUUUAUAUUUAUAGAAAGAAGCUGCUAGAUGCUGAAGCUAGCUUUCCAUGAGAGCUGUGCAAAAUGGCAGAGUUUGGAGUUCACCUGAGGAGGGAAUAGAUUUGUGGAUGGAGCACAGAGCACAGGUUUGCACACAAUAAACUUCAAAAUUUUCAAACUACCACUAAUAAAGAGCAGUACAUUAUGCAAAUGCAAUUCCAGGCUGCUGUGCAUACAAUGGCUACAGGAAAAUAUAUUUUCAAUUUUCUUUACAGUUUACAUAAGUUGUAUGAUUUGGUAUGCCUAAAGAAUAGCAUUAUAAUUAUACAAAGAUUUUUGUAAGGCUCAUUGCAUUACACCCUGUUAAAAUUAACAGCACUAUAAAUGAAACAUUAUAAACACUCUCACUCUCACACUGUUUUUAGAAAAUCAGAUAGAGAUUUCCCGUAGAAAUCUGUAAAAUCCUACAAGCCAAGCUAUAUUAUACCUGACAAUGCAGUGAUAGCCUGAUCCAAGGAACAGAAAACAGAGCAUUUUAAAAUUAUGAAAAUAUAUUUUGGCAGCAUACCUUAAAAAAACCUUAAGCUAGGAAGCCUAAGUUCACAUUAACCUCUAUUACAGGAGGAGAGGUUAACAGAAGGCAAAAAGAACCCAAGUUAACCUGACUUUUCAAACAGAAACAUGAAGUGGAACUGCAGCCCAAGCUGCCAGAGCCUGCGGGUGUGUUGGGGGAGCCGUGCCUGCAGGCAGCCUGUGCUCGGGAGGCAGCCGGAGCUCAGCAGGGCUGUGCAGCAGGGAGGGAGCACUGCUCCCAGCCCAGCCCAGCCCAGCCCAGCCCUGGCAGGUCGCUGGCAGUGCUCGAGGCCGGCUCUGCAGUGCCCAGAGGAUCAGGUGGUUGCGGAGCCGGGCGCAGCCGUACGAUGCAGCUGAGACAAGCACAGCCCCCGGCAGCCUCUGGAGCUGCUCUCCAGAACAAGGCGACCUCUAAGCUCCAAUCCAUCACAGAAACGAUGUGCUGAUACUGCAGGACACCACGGCCAUUUAAUUUCCAGUUACUGUAGCAUGAGGGUGCUGCAAAACCCAGAAAACCUCACAACUGAGACUGGAGUCCUCCACCUGUUUCUCCUAAGGUGUCAAUGGGGGCUGUAGAUCAUUUACAACCACUGGUAUCAGAGAAAUGACAACUUUCCAAUUGUGAACAGCAUUUCUAUAACCGGAAACGUGUUUUAAUUUCUAACAGUAAAUGUUACACAAUGGAUUUGUACAGUUGUUUCAUUGGCAUUUAAGUAAAAAUAAAGUUAUGUUUGUAUUGAA